AGGCUCGAGCGCCUACCGCUGGACGAAUUGUUACCGAGGGGGGAGGAGUCCAAACUUCAGCAGCCUUAAAAGCCGCCUGAUCACGGAGAAACGACAUCGCACCAGAAAGAUAGAAAGAAGCGAAGGUCACACUGUUGGACAGUGCAAUAGCGUUUCCUUCCCGACUUUCUAAAGGGGGAUUUUUUUUAGUUUUUUCCUCCUACUCAACGGCCGGGGGCUCAGGACCUGCGGUCUUCCGUUAUUCUUUGGUCUUGGUUAACGGUCAUUGUAGCUCUGCUGACACAGACACACACCUACAGCCCGCUCCGUCAAUUUCACUCUCUAUACGGGCACUUUUUUCCGCAUUUUAAAGGAAGGUAAACAACGGAAACACAGCGGGAGAAAAUGCCUUUAUCAAUUAACGGCGUUCUCUGCACUCUGACGUUGCUGAUUCUGUGGCAGGCAGAGGAACUCGUUGAAGCGUGCAGCUGUGCCCCUGUGCACCCGCAACAGGCGUUCUGUAACACGGACGUAGUGAUCCGAGCGAAGGUGGUGGGGGAGAAGGAGGUGGAUACUGGGAAUGAUAUCUAUGGGAACCCCAUCACCAGCAUACAGUAUGAUGUCAAACAGAUCAAGAUGUUUAAGGGUCCUGACCAGGACAUUGAGGCGAUCUUCACUGCUCCGGUCUCUGCUGUGUGUGGCGUUACCUUGGAUACCAGUGGCAAGAAGGAGUACCUGAUCUCAGGCAAAAUGGAGGCAGGUGGGAAGAUGCAUGUGACCCUGUGUGAUUAUAUCACUCCCUGGGAGUCCAUGAGCCCCACUCAGAAGAAGAGUCUGACUCAGCGCUAUCAGAUGGGCUGUGACUGCAAGAUUGUGCGCUGCGCCUCCCUGCCCUGUGCCAUCUCUGCUCCAGAGGAGUGUCUGUGGACAGACUUGAUGAUGGAGAAGCAGGUGUACGGUCGCCAAGCCAACCACUACGCCUGCGUCAAGAGGACCGACGGCUCCUGUUCCUGGUACCGCGGUAUGGCUCCGCCCAAGAAGGAGUUCCUGGACAUCGAGGAACCCUAAUCACUUCCUGCCACCACUCCAUUCCAGCUGCCCACUGCACAGCCUGAUAAAAAAAAAAAAAAAAAAAUACAUUCUAAACAAAAUUUCAUGAAAUAUUAGGGGAGAAAAUAAGUUGUGUGUGAAAGGGCAAGAUGAAUAUGAUACACAUAUAAAAUAUAACGAGGCAAAGCUGAUUUGAUUUGAGAGAGAUCGGUGAAAUUGUUUACUGGUCCAAAAACAACUCCUAGCUACUACUUGUGUUUGCAGACCUAAAGGGACUGGAUGUGUUAAUAGAAUGGUGAUGGAAUUCACAGGAGGUUGGUGGCACCUUAAUUGGGGAGGACUGGCUCUUAGUAAUGGCUGGAAUGGAAUAAAUGAUACCAUUAAAUUGACUCCAUUCCAGCCAUUAUUAUGAGCCGUCCUCCCCUCUGCAGCCUCCUGGGUGAUGGAUCCAUCUAGCCCCCUAAAUGUUUUUUUGUCAAAUUGCUUACACCUACCUGGUUCCUUCAGGUCAACAAACACAGAAGGGUUAGAGGCUAGGGGAAGGAGCUAGACAGGGGCUCAUGAUGUAGGGUUAGAGGCUAGGGGGAGGAGCUAGACGGGUCAGGAUGUUUGUGUAUCGUUUUAGGGUCAUGAGACACAGACUGGUCGAGUGAUGAUGUCACAUCCCCCUGAGGCUGGCGUCAGGAGGACUCAUCCUUUAAACUAUGGGUGUCUUAAAUGGCACCCUAUUCCCUAUAAAAUGCACUACUUUUGACUAGCGCCCAGGUCAAAAGUAAUGCAUAGGGAGCCAUUUGGGACAGAGCCCUUUAAAGAGAAAGGUGCACUUUAUUUAGCUCCUCGUGCGUCUCCUGGGCAGAGGACUCACCUUUUGGACCUAUGGAAUGGUUGCAAAAGGGAAAACUCUGCCUACCUGUCGGGCCAGGGGAUCUAAAUCAAGUGCACCUCUUUGCCCCUAAAAACUCCUACCUCUACCCCUCUCAAACUACCCAGGUUAGAACAACCCCAUAUCUAUUCAAUGAUGGCUAAACAGUGUUUCCUCAUUCUCUGUUUGAUUCCAAAGUCAUAUUCCAAGUUGCCUUUUUGUGUUUUUUUUUUCUCUAGUUAAACGCUGUUUGAUGUUGCUUCUCAUACUCAUGUUAGGACCAAUCAGAUUGAUGGUGAGGCGGGACUUCCCAGAUUAUUCUAAUAGACAUUUGGAAAGAAAAUAGUUUCGUUUUUAUAAACAGUUGCAUUCGUUUUGUCUGAAUAAUCAAAGCAUCCCAGUCAGAGACAGAUCUGGGAAUAACACUUAAAACAACCUUCUAGAAUGCAUGUCUCACCAGACCAGUCUAUGGUGUGUUUGAUGAAAUCCAGUGAAGAUAGAACCGUGUGAUUCUCUGUAGUGUUUUUAAUAUAGUACCCCAGACAGGCAGAAGUGAAUCCCAAAUGGCACCCUAUUCCCUAUAUAGUGCACUAUAUGGGCCCUGGUCAAAAGUAGCGCACUACAUAGGGAAUAGGGUGCCUUAUGGGACGCAACCAGCCAGCCAGGCCACGUUCCAGGUAGUCUUAACUGCAGUCCGUUGCGCUGUGCAGAUCUUACAAUGCCUGGAGAAGAGUUUAACUUCGCGGGAAACCACAACAAUAGGUUUCCUUCUGAGGUCUUUGACGGGCACAUACUCCUAACAUCUCAGAAGAAUGCUUUGUAUUCAUUUGGCUUUAAAAUAUCAGAAGCAUAAUUUGAAUAAUAAUAAAAAAAGUGGUGAUUACAUUUUGUUUUACAGUGUUACAUCUAUUAUAGAUUUUGUGUUUCUCCCUAUCAAGUCUAUCUCUUUAAAAAAAAAAUGGUGGUACAGUGAAGUGGUGAACGUUUUUCUUUCGCUGGGAGCACAUGAGAGAAAGAUCAUCUCACCCCUAGCCACCUACCUGCGAGGAAGGCACUUGCAUAGAUCUAAAGAGGCUUGGAUAGAUAGAAAGAUGGUGAACAUUCUAUCCUUCAGAAGGCAAUGCCUUGGUAAUACCAUGUUUCUUCUGCCUUAUCCCAUACGUUCAGAUGUACAUGUGUCAAGGUGGUAGGGAGGGGGGGAUGGGGUGUGUGGGAGAAAAGAAAUGUAGAGAGUGAGAUAAAGGGGUGGAGUUUGAAUACAACCAGACUAUGCAUGUGUUUAAUGCUUUGUGUAAGUCCUUUGUGGACGUUCAAUCGAUGGACAAAAAUAUACAACAGUAUGAUCAAAUAAAACCAAACCUUUGAAAUAA